AUGUUGUGUCACGAGUUUAAACUUUAUGAAAAUAUUUUCAUUGAAAGUAAUCUGCAAUCGACGGACUACGAUGGGGUCAUAGUGAUACUUUACCCUCAAGAAAUGAAUAUCGGUCUUCCAAGACAUAUCAGCAGUUUUGUCGACAAGAUAUCGUGCCUGGACAAGCAUGUGUCCAAAGUGCCAACUGUUUGGAAUUGUGAUUACGUUUCCGGUGGACGUUUGGUUCUUGCGCCGACAGGUAAGAUCACACCGUACCACGAUGUAAAGGUGAUCAUGGAAACAGCUAAGAAAGGUAUGACACGUGCUUUAGACGCCGGUAUGAAGAAACCACUUCUGGUUGUAGAAAAUGUAGUCAACUUCCCAGAUUCUCAAAUGGUGUGCAUUCUUGGAGCGCUGGAAGCAUUUUACGUACCACUGCAGAUCAGGGAAAAACAGGAGAAUAGGAAUUUUAUUAGAAUCGGAUUACACGCUGAGGAGAAAGAAACGGAACUCUUCGAACGGAUCGUCAGAAACGCAAUAGCUUUGGAAAGAUCAAGAAUAUUUACUAGAGACAUAGCUGGUGGCGAUCCUGAAAGGAUGUCGCCGUGUAAGGUAGUUGAGUUUGUGAAGAACUCCUUCGCUGAAGACAGUAAUAUAACGGUCAAUGUAAUUGAUGAUGAAAGUGUUAUUGAAACUGAUUAUCCACUUUUAGCAGCCGUGUCGAGAGCAGCGAGCCAUGUUGACCGACACAAAGCAAGGGUUUUGGAAAUCGAAUACAAGUCCUCUGAUCCAAACAGAGUCACAGAGACAGUAAUACUCGUUGGUAAAGGCGUUACAUACGACACUGGUGGUGCUGACAUCAAAAUCAGUGGCAGAAUGGCCGGCAUGUCGAGAGAUAAGGGAGGAGCUGCCGCUGUUGCUGGUUUCUUAAAAGCCUGCUCGAUUUUAAAACCACCGCAUCUGAAAGUAGUUGGAGUUUUAUGCCUUUGUAGAAAUUCCGUUGGUGCUGAUUCGUACGUUAGUGAUGAAUUAAUCAUAUCUCGGAGCGGGAAAUUUGUGAGAGUAACAAAUACGGACGCUGAGGGUAGAUUCGCGAUGGCCGAUUCGCUAUUCAAGAUGUCGGAACUAGCAUUAAAGGAACUCAAUCCCCAUAUUUAUACCAUUGCAACGCUGACGGGCCACGCGCGCGCCUGCUAUGGAAGCUACACCGCAGCGAUGGAUAACCACAGCGCUAGAGCUACCAACCACUCGUCCAAGUUACAGUUCAGUGGUUCGCGAGUUGGGGAAGGUUUUGAAGUAUCGAUAGUGAGAUCGGAAGACUUGGCCGUCAAUAAUGGUAAAUGUAAGGGUGACGAUUUGGUUCAAAUUGAUCCGGACGCUAAAUGCCGAAAUCAUCAGCUGGCUGCUGGCUUCCUUAUCAAGGUCGGUGGCUUGGAAGAUAAAAAUAUAAAAUACACACAUUUGGACAUAGCAGGUUCCUGCGGUAUGCCUCCGGAGGAUCCUACAGCUGUUCCUGUAAUGUCUUUAUGUCAUUUGCACAAAGUUCUACUGUAAUUUUUUUUUCUUAUUUAAAAUUAACAUCCACGGGCUGAACAUCAUGCUUUAUUAUACAAACUACAAAUUGACAGUCCUGUGACGACCUAGUAACGCUAGGUCGUGGUCCGAUGCUGACGAAUUUAUUUAUUUUUAAUAAUUUUUUUUACGUAUACGUACACUCUUUUUUGUUUUGUUUUAUCAUUUGAAGCAUCAGCAUACCAUUAUAUUAUAGUAAUUCCUCUACAUUUAAACCUUUUUCAAUUUAUUUUUACUUUGAGAUACUGAUUACUAGACAUUUCAUUAAACUCAUCAAAUAUCCAAUUUUGUUGUAUAUCUUUCUUAUAACUAGGUCAUUUUGAAAUUUGUUUCAAUCUUGUUGAUAAAUGUCUGAACAAGUUUUUUCGAAUUUAUUACCAAAAAACCAGUCUAUUUUUAUUUUUUGUAGAAUAGAAACGAAAGUGUUGUUUUUAGUUGUGUUAUUGAGAUUAAAUGUUAUACUGUAUAUGUUAUGUAACUAUUAUUUUAUGAUCUAAAGCUUGUGCCAAAAAUUUGUUUCUUCAGCUAAAAUGAUAUUUAAAAAAAAUGUGUUGUUAUGGUAAAAAUAUAUGAAUAUACCAAUAUACAAUUUAUAUAUUUU